UCCCUAGAUGACAAUGUACCUGAUGACCUCUCAAUCGAUAAACUAGCAGGUCAAAACUCCUUCUACUCAAUUCAAGCCCCCGAUCUCUCCCUAAACUCCUGGCUUCAAUGUUUACCCGAGUCGACAUUCAUCCAACCCUUCGAGCCCUGUCGUCUUAAUCUGGCCAUCCAUCGAUUGCGCAAACCAUCUCAAGAAUCGGGUCUAUGGGCCGAUCAAAUACUGAGAGAGCCCAGUGUGAAGCCUCUCAUCUUCCCCUACACUCAUCUUCCUCCGCAGACCACGGCUUCUCAGAUCUUGUCACAGAGCUUGAUGAGGUCUAAUAUUCGACCGAAUCUGGCGCAGAGUCUGCUGCAAGGUCCGGGAAGAUCGAAGACCUUCCUUGGAAUGGCUGCUAGCUCUCUUGUUUCGAGAAAUGGGGUAAUUUUCCGCGCUUUAUCAUCAUUAGUUAUCCUUGCUGGAAAACGUGUAAUUUAUAGUUUAGAUACUGAAGGCUGUAUGUUGGGCAAUUUCAACAGAAAUGUAUAA